AUGAAUGGAGCAGUCGAGGCGGCGAAUAAGAACAUCAAGAAGAUCUUGAGGAAGAUAACAGACAGUCACAGGCAGUGGCAUGAAAAGUUGCCAUAUGCUUUGCUUAGUUACUGUACCACUGCUAGAACAUCCACAGGAGCAACUCCUUAUAUGUUGGUCUAUGGUUCAGAAGUUGUGAUACCCGCAGAAGUAGAGAUACCGUCUCUAAGGAUUAUCCAAGAUGUUGGUUUGGACGGUGCAGAAUGGAUACGUAGUAGACACGAACAGUUGAUGCUCAUUGAUGAGAAAAGGAUGGACGCUGUCUGUCAUGGUCAGCUUUAUCAGAACAGGAUGUCCAAGGCAUUUAACAAGAGAGUAAGGCCUAGGAAAUUCGAACCAGAGCAGUUGGUCUUAAAGCUAAUAUUCCAUCAUCAGGAUUAA